UUUUCCUAAACGAUUCACUUCCCAUCGAAUGUUGAGUCGAAUGUUGAAAAACAAACCACUUCGUCGGCGAACACACGUUGUAUCACUAAACCACACGACCAGUCCCUAAUUGUUCCCGGAAGAUUCACCACAUGAUCUAGGUUGGCAGCAGCUUCCAAACCCCUGGUACGGACAAACUUGCGACAUUUUGGAUCAUGAUGUAUGGACAUUUCUAAAGAAUUCUCUAAAGCGCUCCUGGUACCGCUAAACGCGACCUCAUGGCCCAUGAGAACCGAGAUGAGGUUUUUCUCUCGCUGUUGUGAUUGAUAUGGCCAGUAUACUUGAUACUGAAGUCGUCCUUCGCAUUAGCAGAGGUAGGAGUGGCCUGGACGCAAAAAACAAAACAGAUUCUGGGUGUUUUGUAGACGACUGGGAUAAGACCCACACUGAGAAAUCACCCAAUGCAAGUGAAACUGGAAAUACAGAGAUUCGUGAAACAAAUUCUAGGAAACAUUCUGCAGACUCAGAAGACGAAAACGGUGAACGUUGCAAAAAGGAACUUACUCGCUCGACCGAGGAAGCGAGUAAUAGAGAAGGCUCGAGAACAGUUUAUGAAGAAAUUAGGGAAUUAACACAAGAUGUAAGCGCUAUGGAUGAAAAUAAUAGUUCAUCCUUGCAGCAAUAUGAUUCGAUACGAAGUCUUGAAGGGGAAGGCACUGUGGAAAAUGACGCUCCGAAAGAGGAUUUUUAUUGUCUGUACUACAGCGACUCACCUCAGGGAAGCUUAAAAAGAAAUGCAGAAAAUAACUAUCAGUCUGAUAGUACUGCUAGAACACAACUGAGCGAUAGCAACAAAGCAACAUCAAGUGAAACUAAUGUGGUGCUUAGAAACGCUAGAACAGAUGAGACUGAUGUUGUGGAGACAAAAAAGAAACCACCGCCUGUUGCACCAAAACCUAAGAAACGCCCAAAUCGUCAAAGCGACUCAAUUCUCUACGCUCGUGACCCUUUAUUAGCGGAGCUUCAAAAACUUGGGGCUUCUUUGGGGAAAGACUACGCGGAAGUUUAUGCAAAACAGGCUGAAGAAAAGGAGAUGAAGAAAUCUCGCCGCAAAUCUGACAGCAGCUUAUUAAACUCCAAGGCUUGCGAACUCGAGGAAUCAGGAUCAGUUGAUGUCCUGCCCACCCAAGCGGCAUUGAGCGAAGAUUUCCCCGAAAGAAAGUCGAAAAUCCACAAACCUGUUACUCCGAAGAAGGAAGUGUCAAAAGACAAAGUGAAGCAAACGCGUGGAGUGAGCCCGAAAAGGACUGGCGUUAAGAAUGUCGGGGCUACUAAAAGUACUCAUUUGAGUAAGGGUGUGACUGGUGACUCACAUAGGCGAAGCCACAUGAAUACUAACUCCCCCUACGCACCCCCUACUCCAAAGGAGACACCUAGGACUAGAAAGCUUUCACCCGGAAGAACAGAUAAAACCAGCUCAAAGAAAGAUACUAAGACUGUUAACCCUGCUAAGGAGAAAUCUGCGCCAAAAGACGAUCUAAAAAAUCAAAAUACUUCCAUAUCAGAUUCAAGUCAAGUUCAGAGCUCGAAUGUGACGAAGCGGAGCGAUAGAAACGAGUUUCGAUCGAGCAGAAAGCGAUUGAGUGGGGAUUUAAGCUCGAUUCCAGAACAUGGAAUAAUGGCUGAUGUUUAUGGUAACAAGACGAAAGGGGAGAUUUCGUCGGAGGUGAUCCCCUUAGCAGGCAAAGAGGACGACGAUGAUUUGGUCGUGGACGAUGAGGGGUCUUUGAAAGAGGGUAUCAUUGAGAAAGCAUCUGCAACUGCAAAGCCUGAAAACUAUAUCGCGGAUAUUUGUCAAUCUAAUGAAAUUGUUGAUAACAGCCUUGGGAACACGGUUGACUCGGAAAGGAUUACUGGAGAUAAAAGAACAGGGAAUGAUUCAAAAGAAACUCAAUCUGCUAGCAGUGCGGUUUAUAGAACGCGAACUUCUAUCUUCGAAGAUGAUACACAAGAAGUCGCGGACAACACAGAUGGGGCAUUCGACUUGACAGAAAACCCGGAACUAUACCAGGACCCAGAAGACCUAGUUGAUAUGACAUUUGGGAGUCAAAUUGACCAGACUCCGAAACCUUGUUUUAAAUCACCUCAUAGAGGAGACUCUGGACAACCCAGACGAAAGCUGAACCAGGGACAGCUCUCGCAUCCUUUGUUCUAUGAACAGCAAUUCGAUGAUGAUGAUGUUGACGCGUCCCUGGAUUCGAAUUCUCCUUAUCUUGACGGGUCUUUCGAAACUAGAGACGCAAUAACAGAUGUCUCCAUGGAGACUAUGACCGAUGUGGACCGCGUUUUAACACGCCCUCCAUUAACUCGGGGUGCCGCUCUCAAUCCCAACAGCAACGUUCACCGUUUCGAGUUUAUUGAGAGUGAAGGGGACCAACUUCAAGGUAUCCACCAAGGGACAUCUUUUUCUCCCGAAGCUGAGGACAUGCUGUAUCUUGACCCAUUCCAAGCAGCCCCUAAGAAAGAGGUACCCUCAACGAGUAGCGUACACGACCAAUUACCUGAUCCGAGCGGUUUCAUGACUGUUGAAGAUAUCAUGCGGUUGCUUUUUGAGAAAACUGAAGACAGCUUAGAACAACUUCCUUCACGUCGUCCAGGAUCCUACGCGGGGAUGUCUAACGGGGCUUUUAGAAACCAGCCAAGAAAACCCGAAUCUGUGAAACGACGUUCUUGGGCCGGGCAUGAAGUAAAGCUGCAGCCAAAGAGACCAGGCUCACUUCUUGUCAAAGCAGUCUCUCAGAACUUGCCAUCGAAGGCUUCAGAACAGCCUGAGAAAUCCCCGUUCGUGAGAACGGUCUCACAACCCCUACAAGUGUCACAUGACUACUACAGCGAUUCGUUUCUGGAUUCCAUCAGCGAAGGUAAAGAAAGAGUUAUUGGGAGGUCGAGCUCAUUUAAUGGUAGAACACCACGACGUGCGAGCUCGGUUGAUAGUCCAAGAAACUCGAGGAGUCGCUUGCUUAAUGCUUCGUCGUCCUAUGAGCGGAGGACCCAAGAGGCCGGUUUAAACAGGGCAUCUGAUCGUCGUGUUAGAUCCCUGGACCGUAACGAAAUGGUAUCCCCUCCUGAAUUGAUCCAGUUACUUAAAGAUCAGCCUGCCGCAUUAGGAAGGUCGCAUUCUCUAUCAGAGAAACAUGAGCAGCAACGCUCGUCCUGUUUAGCCAAGGAUAAUAAGGUCUCGGUGCACGAACUGACGCAAUUAUUGAAGCAGCAAGGGCGAUUCGUUGAGUUAGCCCAGUCGGAAUGCUCAAGUGAUAGGUCACAAGAGCAACUGAUCUCUGUCCCGGAAGUGACGCACUUACUCAAACAGCAAAAGCAAGCGUCCAAGUCAGGAAGGUUGCAGUCAUUCUCAACGUCACGCCAUCUUCAGCGUGACAGAUCUGGGGACAGUGGUUACCACGACGACAGGAUAACAGUCCCUGAACUUGCGCGUUUGUUGGAGAAGCAGAGAAGAGUCGUUGAAGAGGAGACAAUAGCACGGCAACUUGCCAAUCAACAGCAGCAAAGUGCGUCAGACAAUACUAUCUCCGUCGCUGAGCUUGCGCGAUUACUGAGAGAACACAAAAGUUCUCAGAAAGGAGAUGAACUGGCGUAUUCUCGGGACCAUUAUAAACACAGAAGUGAUUCCGAGACUUCUAUUUCUAUUCCCGAGCUGACACGAUUGUUGAAGCACCAGCAGUAUCAACAGCCGAUAGGCGCAACAAGGGUCCAUUCUUUCUCUGGGGCGCAUCCAUCGCGACGUGGACUUGCAGAAUUCCGGCAUAUUUAUAGGAAGCCCCCCAGGAAUUAUGAGCCGAGAAGUAAUGCAUCUGGGGAAUCCUCAACUUCUGAGUACAGUACAACAGAGAGCGAGCGCACGUUUCCAAGAAAUUCAACCCGAGGUCGAGUUCCAAGAAGAAGCAACGGGUCGUCGGAUAGGUCUUACGCCAGCCGGGAAGAUCGUCUGCGACCACUGCAUGACUAUUUAGAAUCGGGUCAAGAUUUCUACAGAACAUCAGAGCAGCCUUAUCAAUUUCAAGAUUCUCCUUAUGUGCAACUGUCAUAUCGAGAGGAAAGCGACUUGUACUCUGACGUCCAGAGUGAAGGGAAUUCAGAUAUUGAUCACCCAAGCUCGGUUGUCAAGACAGUUGACAUUACCAAAGUACUUGUCCAAGAAAACGGACCCAGACGACCGACCCUCUCGGAACGAUUUGCCAACAUUCGACAAAACAUGAGUGACAUAGACCCUAAUCCCAAGGACAGCGACGGUGAGGAAUCAAGCAUAGACGGAAGUAACGUUAUCGAUCCAGAACCGGAAUUGGAAUUCGACGACGGUGAUUACACGGAUGACAAAACAAUGCUUGUUGCCGAGGCUCUGAGGGUAAAGAAAGUCUUGGGAAAUGUUCUAUUGCAGCAGCCAGAGCUUGACACUCUUGUCGCUGUUGCAACAUUCCCGGCGCCUUCGUUAGAUGACGAGGUAGACGGAACAAGUGAACCGAUCGAAGAUUCUAGAACACUUGAUCAAAACUUCAAAGCACUCGAUCAGAGCUCUCGGCCAAAUGAGUCUGUCGAAAACAAUAUUCCUGUUAUUGAUACGGGAUCUGGUACCGUGGGUAGCAAAAGUAGUUCUUCUGAGAAAGUUAUGUCGACAAAUGAGUUACUAGAGCUACUGGUGAAUUUGAGUAGAACUGAUCUCGCUAAGGCGGAGGUAAAACCACAAGACCCUGAUGUCGUCGUUCAGAACCUCUUUUUCCCUGCUCCUCAAACAAAGGCAGCAAGCACAGGCAACAUCCACGCCCAAAAAACAUUCCCCGGUCACGUGAACCAACUGUAUGGUAACCCUGAUGGAAACAGUGUGAGCCAAUCACAAAGUGGGAGACAAAAACUCCCACGAAGUUCGCUUACCACCCAGAGUCAUGACCGUCUAGAACAAAUGCGUUAUAAGACGCAAGAAGAAGACAUAAGGCGUCGAGAUGUGCUUAGACUUAAGAGGGCUAAAACCAUCGAUGUUGUUCAAGCUCAGCUUGUAAGCACAUCAGAAGAUGGUUUACAUAGACAAUCCAGCUUACCUUCACGACCCGAAAAUAUUUUCGAGGAAGAGGUUGACUGCAUGAGAACAAGAAGAAUUCUUAAAGUUCAUACGGGAUCUUCAGACAUUUCGGCAUCCGGGUCUUCUCUUGAUGAGGACGGGGAACGAAGGGAGGGGAGGGUCAGUAGUGUUUCGUACAUCGGUUAUGAGAAAACUGAAAAGAUAGAGACGCUGCCGAGGGGGGAGCUUGCCGCCCAAAAGAAAAGAGUAAAGAAUAGACUUGCUCAAUAUGUCAUGAAUAAGAAAGAAGGAAGUAGUAAAGAGGGUGAAAAAGGUGAACCAGAAGUGAAGCAAGAAAAGCAAGAUGAUUAUGAAAUCCCUUCAGAAACGACGAUUACAAAGACUCAGUCAAAUUCUACUGAGGAGAUGGAAGCACGGAAUGAUGCUGAAGAGUCGAAAACAGAAAAACCUCCUAAAAGAAUUGGACUCAAAAUUCGUGUUAAAGUACAGCGUGACAUAUCAAAGUCUCUUGCAAGUGACAGCUGCUAUGUGACCGGAAGCAGUGGUGGAAAUACAGUGAUCGAUAAAAAUGUAACGCACCACUCACAGGGAAUAUCAAAUGUCAAAGAAAUGACUUUAUCUUCAAACGUAACACAGCAGCGGAGGUUUUCUAACGACGUGGCACCGAGCCCAAACAGUGUCAACAUGUUCAUCGAUUAUAAAAAGAACGUUCGGCAGGUCACGUCUAGCACUCCAAAAGCUGACGGGAAGCCGGAAAUAUCCCUUCUUCACGGAAUUAGUCCUGUCGCUACCACCAAUGAGUUCCCAGACAGAAAUCGGCCGCCCUCCGAUCUCGACAACAAUACCCCGAGCUCCCGAAACGUUCCCGACCACGGAGCAUCCUUAAUGACAGGUACCGCUGAGCCUUCAAAAAGUAAUCGAUCACCGACAAGACAAGUCGACAGGUCGCCGAACUCGCGACCGGGCUCGGCCGCGGAGCGAUCUUCUUCGACGUACUCUUCGGAUGACGAUCGCUUCGACGAAGUUUUCGGAAGUACAGACACAGUCGUGUUUGUUGGCCAAUCUAAAGAGGGGAAUGAUGCUCCUACGAGUCCUGCAUGUAUUAGUAGUUCUCCUGGUGGAACACGUGAAAGUAUGACCGAAGAGGAGUUUAACUCCCGCGUGGAUGAGAUUGUGCAGGAAGUUAAAGCCAGCAUGGGAUCUGAUAGCGAAGACCUUCUAGAUCAGGCGCUGGAGCGAGUCAAGAACAGGCUGUCUCCGGGUUCACGCAGUAAGGCUCCCGGCGGCCUUACCAUGGAGGCGUAUGUUGCGUUACACCAAGCGGAUGAGCUUCAGUCAAUCAUCAACGAGAUCAAGACAAUUCUUCUGUUACAGGGCGAGCUUCGCUUAUUGAAAGAAGAAAACAAAGUUCUCAGAAGCCAAGUAGAUGGACUUGCACAUGACAAGACUGGGGAAGUCCGCAGUGUCGCUGAGACUUCAGUAGAUGCGGGCUCAACUGGAUCGGCUGAUAGCAAGCGUGGUUGUGUAUCUGCCACUCCACCCACUCAUGAAAAAGUGAGCUACGAUGAAAUGAUCUCCGUUGACGUGUUUUUGAGAGGCUUUGGAAAGUCCGUGGGAAUUCGUCACCCGAAGAAGUCGGAUGUCAUGCUUGGAACGGUGCUAGUGAAAGGGGGGUCGGAUUGGGCAGGUGUUUAUGACGCUGCCAAGAAGUCAUUUAGCGAGCAUUUGAAGCUUGUGGACCCAUACUCCUACCUAGGCCUCAGCUCGUCCAGCCUGCAUGGAGUGGAGACUGGAGCCGUCAUGUGGACCCCAGACACCAUAAGAAGACAUACUCCGCGCGUAGAGAUCUCUCGAAAACACAACUCGUGCAUCCUCCAUUUGAAAGAUGGGACGAAUGAAAGUUGUGACUCACUCGUUUACAAUACGCUGCUACCACGGAAAGUCAUCGAGGACUUCUUGUACCAAGUUCUCGAACAUCGCUAUGUGAUACUCUGUGGUCCAGUAGGUCUAGGCAAGUCUUUCCUGGCCUCAAAGCUAGCAGAGCAUUUAGCUGAGAGGUUAAACUGGAGGGCAUCUCCUAGCGUCAUCACACUAACUGUGGGCCAAACAUCACGAAGGGAUUUGAAGAAGACUCUUGCUCGUCUAAUGAGCUGCGACAUUUAUAGUCGUGCAGAAGGGGUGCCCGCGGUGAUCGUCCUUGAUCAGCUGAACUGCCUCGCGUCUCUCGCCGACAUCUUUGAGCCUGCUCAACUCGCUGACAACUCGAACAGUCCUUUUAUCAUUGGAGUGCGAGACAAGAGUAAGAAAGGACCGUUCUCCGCUAAAGAUCUGUCAGUGUAUCGCUACUUCCGCUGGAUUCAGACGUCUGUGGAAGAGAAGUACAUCGUAGGGCUCCUUGAUCGCUACCUCCGGAGGAAGCUGAGCUGGUCAGAGAAUGUUGAUGACGAGGAGCUGUUACUUGACCUUUUCGUCUGGUUGACUGAGGUUUGGCAUCACAUCAACCGCAUUUUAGAGGAUUAUUGCAGUCUCGACGUCACACUGGGUCCAUCGCUGUUCUACUCGUGCCCGAUGGAUUUCCACUCGGCUGAAGGCUGGUUUGGAAAUGUUUGGAACUAUCAGGUGAUCCCCUAUCUUCACCAGACCAUCAGAAACUCCAGUAAGAUCUACGAGCGUAACAUCGUAUGGGAUGACCCCACCAAGUGGGUCAUAAUGCGGUGGCCAUGGCAACUCGACCGAAGCAAAGUUCUACCGACCCUGAGGAAGCUCCGUCAAGUUGACAUCGUGCUCAACCGCAACCACGUGGAGUCACCGGGAGAUCAAACGAAGUCGCCCAAAGCUAAAUCAAAGAAGCUUGUAACAAGCCUGAAGCGCGGUGCCCAACUCGAAAUUGCCGGCAGCCUGGAGUCAUGGACGACAGCAGAAUUCCAAUCUGAGUCCGACUCAGACCGCGAGAGUGCUGUACAUUGUACCCUCUGAAUGGGCACCCUGUGGUAUACGACAACUCAAGAAACCCACAUCACUUUGAGCGACUCAGAUGGCGAAUGCUGUACAAUUUACCCUCUGAAUGGGCACCCUGUGGUUUACGACAACUCAAGAAACCCACAUCACUUUGAGCGACUCAGAUGGCGAGUGCUGUACAUUUUACCCUGAAUGGGCACCCUGUGGUAUACGACAACUCAUGAAACCCACAUCGCUUUGAGCGACUCAGAUAGCGAGUGCUUCUAGUUUUCUUCUCUGAGUGGGCACCCUGUGGUAUAUGACAGCACAGGAAGUCCAAAUCAAUCAGAGUCACAAUCCGAAUUUCUUGGGAUGAAUUCGGUUAUCGACCUGUCAUACGUGGACAGCCGCCUUAGUGAAAGUGAUAUCGCCCUAGUACCAGACGCUCUUACCGGGUUUCCUGUGCUCUGAGAUAGCGUGGGGGCAUGGGACAAGCUUGUGACGUCACCAUCCACAGGAAACUCAACCUCAGAAAACCCGAUCAGAACGCCUGGUACUAGGCUGCGAUAUCAUCAUUUAGGACGUAUCCAAGUUAAUCAUUUGUAGAGUACAUAGUAUAUGAAGAAAUACAAUCAUUUAUAUGUAAAGGUAUUUUUGUGUAUACACGCAUUUUCUUGGCUAUAUUAUUUCACAAAUGAGAAUUUAUAACAACAAUUUCGAAUUGAUUUUUUCUCUAAAAUAUUCCAAUCCCGUAGUACAUUAUAAUAGAAAAUGGAUAACAAUAUUCUGGUGCUUUCAACUUGAGAAUAACAUAUCAGUAAAAUGAACUUGGGAAAAUACCCUACCUUUUGUUACAUUACCUUUUUUAACACGACAUUCAAUCGUCAAUUGAAAUUUAGGCGUAUUCUGCAAAAGCGAGUUAGAUAUACACCUAUUUCCAUAAUAAGUUGUCAGUUCAAAGGGCAAACGGCAAUUCGCCGAAAGGUGCUUAUGGGUAGUAGUUAUUUGUGAAAAUUAUGGUAAUUAAACUCAAGGGAUGUCAGAACCAUGUAUUAAUGAUAUUUGAUGUGUAGUCUUAUGUUUUAUUUCCAAAUAUGUUUGGACCCAUGGGCCGUAGAACCGCCAUUUGUCAAUCGCCAUUUGCUGUUUGCACUGACGACGUUUUUUGAUAUGUAUGUUGUGAAAUUUCCUAUAAUAAAUUGAUUGCUAUAUUGUUAUAAGAAAAAUAUAGAAUGGAACAGUAGAGCAUAACAAACUGUAUAUUGAAUCUGGCAGUGGAGCAGGUUGGUUACUGGUCCGUAGUGGAUUAUCAACUAAUUUAAUAAUAUUCGUAUAUAAUUACUUCACGAGUAAGGGAUAUUUCCUGAAACGACUAUUUACAAAUUUGUUAGUGUUUUGCAUUUAUUAUAACAUCAUGCCUGCUUAUUAUUUUCUUAUUCAAAAAUUAAUAUAAUAUCAAUUUGCAAUAAACAACACUACUCUCUCUCGUA